GAAAGAUGUGUAAUGGUUGACUAGUUUCAGGGACACAAUGACAGGGGUGAAGGGCCGAGAUGUCUACCAAAGGUCUCUGGUUGAAGCUCUGGGCUGGAUGACUACAGCCGUGUUGUUUACUACAUGACAGUAAUUUUGACUCAUGAUAAUCUACACAUGUACCAUGCUUGCCAGCAAUGGCGUAGGACCUUAAAAGAGUUAAGACAUUAGUUUUAUGACAUAUAUAACAGGUGAAGUGCAGGAGUCCUACGCCACAACAAAAGGGGCUAGUCAGGAUCAUGAGCUGACUCUGGAAACGACUAAUGGUCUUGCGCAGACCACAAACAUGUACCAGCAUGUUGUCAACUGUCGCCGGCGGCUACAACUCUGACUGAACUGCUUCUUUGAUGGUCUCUGCAAAACUGUUCAUGAUGUGCAUCAGAGCAGAAGUUAAGUAGGAACCGAAACAGAUGGCAGGUAGAGGCAGCCUGGUGCCCUGUGUGUGUUUGGGGCUGUUUGGUGUCCUGUGCUGGGUCUGGGUCUCCUUUGCCUCCAUUCCAGACGAUCAACUUCCCCUGGAGGCCUUGGAUGCAGUGGACCGAGGAGCCUUUCAGCCCCAGAGUGCUCUGUCAGAGAUGGAGUUUGCUUCCAUCAGUUCAUACAGAGGACCUGGCAACAAUGACCGCCGCAGGAACAAGGAGCUGCCCAUUCUCCUCUGGUGGAGUGGAGGACUGUUCCCUCAUUUUCCUGGUGACACUGAACGCAUUGACUGUGCCACAUCCUCCUGCCUGGUCACAAGCAACCGCAAGGUCCAGCUGUACAAACGGACAGCAUCCAUCAUCUUUUACGGAACAGACUUCAGGGCAUAUGAGGCACCGCUCCCUCGUCUCCACCACCAGACCUGGGCACUGUUCCAUGAAGAGUCACCCAUGAAUAACUACGCCCUCUCCCAUGGACCGGGAAUCAGACUGUUCAACUACACUGCCACGUUUCGCAGGGAGUCAGACUAUCCUCUGACCCUGCAGUGGCUGCCCUCUUUGGACUACUUGCUGGCGCCUGUGGUUGUGUCCCUAGAGGAGAAGAACCAGCUUAGGAGGGAGGGCCUGGCUCCUGUGCUCUACAUGCAGUCUCACUGUGAUGUACCGUCAGACAGAAACAGAUAUGUCCAGGAGCUCAUGAAGUACAUUCAGGUGGACUCUUACGGGAAAUGCUUGAACAACAAACCUCUACCUGAACAUCUGGAGGACACAGCCACAGCUACUGGCGAAGAUCCCAACUUUAUGAAUUUUGUUGCACGCUACAAGUUUCACCUGGCACUGGAGAACGGACUGUGUCCAGAUUACAUGACAGAGAAGCUGUGGCGGCCUCUCCAUCAGGGCUGUGUGCCCGUCUAUCGAGGCUCCUCUGUGGUGGCAGACUGGAUGCCCAACGACCACUCUGCAAUCAUCAUAGAUAAGUUCCCUUCACCAAAAGCUCUCGGUGAAUUCCUCAAACUUCUUGAUGAGAAUGAUGAUGAAUAUGCCAAAUAUUUAGAGUUCAAGAACCCCAACCACAUUACUAACACUCGUUUGCUGGAGGCUCUGGAGACCCGCGAGUGGGGGGUUAAUGACAUGAGUAAACCCAACUACCUGAAUGGAUUUGAAUGUUACGUGUGUGACCAGGAGAAUGCACGACUGGCAGCAGAACGAGCGUAUAGGAAAGCUCCUAAGAAUAAUCAACCUCCUCAGCCUAAAAUGGCCAACAACUCUCACAUGGGUUGCCCCCUCCCCAGCCCAGGGUACGGAGAUGUCCAAGACUUACCUGCAGAUGAUGGAUGGUUGCAAAUAUGGCCUCAGGAUUACUGGCAGAGCCUGGACCAAGCAGAGGGGCUGGAAUCUCUGAUAAGACAUAACGAGUCAGACCCUUCGCUGCUGUGGAAGCACAUCCAAAACAUUGCUGUGAGCAGAGCCAGAGGAAAACACUGACACAGGCCUUGAAACAAACAGAGGAUGGAGCACGUCCAGGAUUACAGGGGUGUCCCAUGUUAUGCAUCCGCUCUAUUUAAAUGAGGGAAAGAAGCAGAAAUUACUCAUAUUUUUGCACCUGAGCCAAAACUCCUUUUAAAACUAAACUCUGUUUAGUUAUACUAUAACAGAUUUUGAUAUUGUAUUCAGCUGACAUGAUACUUUUGUCCUUUAUCCCAAGUUCAGUAAUGGGAAAAUAAUGUUUUAGAGUGCUAUAUGCUAAUAUUUAAGUCAUUUUAUUAUUAUAACUGAGGUGCCAUCAUUGCCCUUACCCCGCCUUGCAUUGUUAACGUUAACUGCAGGCAGUGUAGUUGUUCCACAGAGGCACAUUCUCAUGGGAGGCAGAUUUUCAUUGGACUGGGGCAGAGCCAAAGCCUUGUCCUCUGUACCAAGGGAGCUCUGCCUAACUGUGUGUGAAGACCAUCAAGACAGUAGCCAAUGAACUGCAUUAGCUUCUUUACAGUUACUCAGCAGGUCGGUGAUGGUUAUUAGCUAAAGUCACAUUUAUGUACACAGCUGUUUUAAAUGACUAUGCAAGGAAAAUAUUAUUUCACCAAGGAGUGGAGAAAGGCAAAUGUAAUGUUUAGCACAACUCCCCUGUGGGAAAAUCACCACUGUAUUUGUAAAUUAGUUCUCAGUAACAGCUCAUCUAAUGAAUUUCUGUGGCAGAUACUAUAAUAUUGCCAUAACUGUUGUCUGUUACAUGAUACUAACAUCAUGUUUAUGUGCAAUAAUUUUUGAAUCAUGCUUUUCUAAAACAUGUAACUGCUUGGGAAUCCAUGACAGUAUUGUGUCUACUAGCACAAUGCCUUUGUAUCACAUAUUUAUACCAGGAUUAUAUAAAUCUUUUUAUUUUCUUAACAAAGCAUCAUACAUGUGAACACACUAUUUUGUAUCAAGAAGAGCAAAACAAGUAAACAUUUUGUAGCAGUCA